AACACUAGGUUGAAUUAAAUUGAAUUGAAUCAUGGAUAAGACAUAAGAGCAUGUUAGCUGGUUUGGAAUCACUUCCAGAAGCUUAUCAGCAAAGAAUAGUGUCCAUGAUGGAACAAGUUAGCUGGGUUAAUUCAUCAAUAAGAAUGGCUUUGCAUGGUUGCUAUUGUCACCAUAUAAAGUUGACAAAUCAUAGAAGAACACCAAACUCCUUCAGCUUCUCAUCCUCCAUUUCGAAUCCCAAGUUUCCAAAGAAUAAAAGGGGACAGCGUGAUUCAUCAGAGAAUGAUGCAUAUCCCAGGUUCCUGGUUGUAAUGCGUCAGACAGAAUUGCCUGCAUCAAAUUCAAAGUAUGGUACCAAUGGAAAAGUUGUUAGAAUGGUACCCUCAAGUGAGGUAGUGAAGAGAAGCACACUGUCAUAUAAUAAGGUGAAGACAGUGAAUGGUGCAAAACAAAAUGUUAAUGGAGUAGCAACUAUUGUAAAAAGAGAUGUUAACCCCCCCUUGACCAAGGCAGUGAAAUCAAGAACCUCUGAAGAACUUCCACCGCUGGAGGAGCUCAAGGUUUUGCCCUCGGGCGAAGGCUUCAGUUGGGCUAAUGAGAAUUACAGUUCUUGGCAGAGAUCUAUUGAUGUUUGGUCUUUUGUGCUUUCUUUGCGUAUUCGGGUUCUAUUGGACAAUGCAAAAUGGGCAUAUAUUAGAGGCUUCACAGAAGAUAAACAGGUUGGUUCUUACACUUCAUUAAUUAGUGCUGCUAGAAAACCAAUUUUAACUUUCUUGCAGCACUCAGAUUCAGACAUAAGACUGUUUUACUUGUGUUUGUUUUUUGCUGAUUGGAAUUUGUUUGGUUACAUUUUUAUUUAG